AUGAAAUUAUUUUAGCUUAGAUCACUUUUUAAUAAGCAAAAGUACUUUGUUGAUCAAUUUAGAUUACUACCACUCAUUGCAAAUAAGAAUCGUUUGCUAGGUAUACCUAGCAGAUAAUUCGUAAAUAUUCCUGAUCCAGAUGAAUUAAAACGAAUUCUUAAUAUGACAGAUGAGCAAAGAAGGAUUGAAAAUAUUAAGUUUCAAGCACAAUAAUCCAUAGCCAAGGAGGAUGAAGAAGAAUUUUCAGAUAUAGGCAAAGAUGAGUAGACCAAAUUAAAAGAGUAUCUUGAGAAGUAAAGUAGAAAGAUUAUGGGAAUAAAUGAUGGUAUAGAAGAUGGUGUAGGAUAGUUAGGAGACAGAUUAGAUGAAGCGAGUGAAGAGGAAUAGAUAGACUCUGAUGUUGAAUUCAUGUCUGUGGUCGAGGUAGAAAAGAUAUUCAGAGAAUUCAAAGAGAAUACAUUUGAAGAACAGGAACUGCAUGAGAAGAUAGUUACUAUGUUUGAGAAAAUCGCUAAUUUAGUAUUUCUGUUUGAAUUCAAUAGUGAAGAGGUAACUUUUGUAUUCAACUCUAUUGUAAGCAAAGAACUACAAUACUUUUCAAGCAUGGAGACUGUUGCUAUGAUAACCAGGCAUGCUAACACAGUUUCACUCCCUUACCCAUCUUAUUGGCUUUCGCUGUCGAAUUUAGUGCUGAUGAAGUAUCAUGAGAUGGAGUUCAAUCACAUAAUAUAAAUCCUUUACUAUCUAAUGCAUGCAGGAUAUACAGAUCUUACUCUAGACAAAAAUUACUUGAACAAGGAACAGUUGGAUAGAUUACAGAAAAUUAACAAAUACGCUUAAUUCCAACUAAUGAUUGAAUAUCUUAAAGAUUAAGUUGAAAAUGUAAUAGAUGUGGAAAUCGCUCUACACGAGGAUUAUUUGAAUCUAUAGAUGCUAUAUACUCUAUGUAAGCACAAUCUUAAAGAUUUAAUCCCUGAGGAAAAGCUAAACCAGAAAAUCAGAGAGUUCAACAAUCACUUAGCUGGAACUUCUCAAGGAUUAAACUACAUUUUCUAAGAAUAUAAUCUUGCUUAGGUACUUGAAUUAUUUAAUUUAGUUCCUGAUGAACUAAUCACUAAGGAUUAUUUUGAAUAUCUAGUGGCUAUAUUAUCAGAGUAGUUGAAGAAAUCAAAGUUUACAAGGUGUAGAUAGCCAACCUACACAGAUGUCAGUGUAUUUAUGAGAAAGUUAGGCAAUCUAAAAUCUCAAAAUCAAGAAUUAGAAGCUGAGUGCUUGAAAAGGUAUAAUCAAGUAAUUAGAGUUUUACUUCAAAAGGCUAUCUCAUCCAAAGGUGAUUCAUAAAUAGAUAAUUUAGAGUAGGCUGCCUUGAGAAAACAACUUCAAAGUUAAAACAGUCCUUCUUAGAUCCAGCUUAUUAACGAUAAGAAAAUAAAAGAUGAUUUAGAGUUUUUGUAAUUAUUAAAGCAGUAAAAUGAAAGCUAAAUCUUUGAUGCUGACACUUGUAAGCUAAUAGUGUUUGAGCUUUCGCAACAAAUACUAAAACCAGCUCCAUUUGAAGAUUAAGUUGAAGCAUAAAUCAGAUUAGCUUUGAUGCUAUACUCAUUGAGAAACUACAAGGCUGAUCAAAUUAAGGAAAAAUCAACAAAAUAUAUGUAAACUUUUCUAGAGCAGUUAAGUAAGCAGGUAUUUGAAAAUAAGGAGUUUGAUAAACACCUUGAUCAUCAGGAAUACGCUGUACUAAGAGAGAUUUCAGUUGAACUAGAAAGAAUAUUAGGAAUUUCUGCAGAGUCCCAGCAACUGAUACAGAAUUUAGAGAGAAGGGUCUACAACUAUGCUAAACUACACACUUUUUGA